CUCAUUUUCUUCCAAUUGCUUUCAAGCAACGUCAAUGGCGUGUGAAGAAGAAGAAGAAGAUAGCUUCUGCGAUAAUUAUCUAGUAAUUAAACCUGAAAAGGCCAGUUUGUUGGACUUGUUCAGAAUAUUAUUUUCGAGGAAUUUAGAAAGAAGGGAUUUUUUCAAUUGCCCGGAAGAAGGCGUGUUGAGCCGUUUUGACCAUAGAUGGAUUGUUUUCAUCUCUUUACUUGUUCAGAAAGUGCUGCUUUUUAUCAAAAUCCCGCUGGCGGCGGUGGGUACGGUGGUGGAGUUUUUUCUGAAUUUACCUGCGGCCAAUGGCGGCUGCCGCCGCCUAUUCUUCAAUCUUUUGACAGAUUACCAGCAAACAAAGACGACAAACGCGAUGAUUUUCCAGAACAAAAAUGUGGGCCCCAACCUAAUCACAGUGGCAUUCAGGGGCACGGAGCCUUUCAACACCGACGACUGGCGCACGGACGUCGACAUCUCAUGGUACGAGUUCAAGGGAGUGGGCAAAAUCCACGGCGGCUUCAUGAAAGCCUUGGGCCUCCAAAAAUGCACGGGCUGGCCCAAGGAAAUACCCACUGGGCCGGCCCAUAAGCCCUACGCCUACUACACCAUCCGCGAGAGACUCAGAACGUUGAUUCAUGAAAAUAGCGAUGCAAAGUUCAUGGUGACGGGGCACAGCUUGGGUGGGGCGUUAGCAAUUUUGUUCGCGGGCGUUUUGGCUAUACACGACGAGAAGUUUUUGUUGAGCAGGAUGGAAGGUGUUUACACGUUUGGGCAGCCGAGAGUGGGGAACGAGCAAUUUGGGGAGUACAUGAAGAAAAAAUUGAGGGAUUAUAGUGUCAAGUAUUUUAGAUACGUUUAUAAUAAUGACUUAGUGCCCAGGUUGCCCUAUGAUGACAAGGCUUUUAUGUUCAAGCAUUUUGGGCCUUGUCUAUACUUCAACAGCUGCUACAAAGGAUUUGUUUUGGAGGAGGAACCAAACAAGAACUACUUCUCCUUGUUUUACGUGGUGCCCAAGAUUUUAACCGCGGUAUACCAGCUGAUAAGGAGUUUUAUCUUGCCCUGGAGAAGAGGUAAGGAUUAUAGAGAAGGGUGGUUGAUGAAAUUGUUAAGGGUGUUUGCUUUGGUAAUUCCGGGUUUUACCGAUCACGUGCUAGUGGAUUAUGUUAAUUCUACGAGGCUUGGGAAAUUACCAUCAGUUGUUUAUCCUGGGGGACCUAAUCAAGUUCUCAAACAGCACUAGACAACGUUGAUAUGGGAGCUAUACUUGAUUUAAACAUGCAAAUCAAAUUCUGUAACUAAAUGAUAAUAAAAUAAGAUGCAAGGAAAUUUCCAGUUAUGUAUCUGGGAAUGAUUUCCUGCAAUAUUGUAUUAUUGGCUCUGCAUUUGUGUAAAUGNAAAAAGAUA